GGCACGUGCUGGUGCCAGAGUGUGUCCUGAUCACAUGGUAGCGCUGGCCCUGGACUCAAUCCUUCUCAGGAAAGUCAUCUGCACGAGUAGCCGGUAGUUCUCAGCUCCCCACCCUCACUUGUUAGGGUCAGAUACGGACAUCUAGGCUUUUCCAGGGUCCCCCCUCACCCCCUUUCACAGGGCUACCACAAAGCCUGAUUGAGGCCUUUUCUCUUCAGGUCUGGUGGGUGUACCCUAGGGAAAGGUCUGUCUCUCUUUGCUCUUUUGCUCCAAACUAACAGCACUCAUUACCCACCCCGAAAGGAAAAAACAAACAAAACAAAAAACAGGAAGAAAAAAAAGCCAGCUUGCUCUUUCUCGAUUUUGGCUGCAGGUGUUUCCUCCUUGGCUUCCUUUUUGGCAUCCUGGUUCGUGUUCUUACUUCCCUGCACCCUCUAGCCUCUCAAAUGCCCUGGACUCCUCCCUCCUGGAAGCCAGGGGUUGUGGGGAGGAUCCUUGGCUUUGGGUUUGGUAAACGCACUACUGAGGCAGGCUGCUUGGCCUACCUCUGGCAGGGCUCUGCCCCUCAACCCCACGAGGCCCUGGGCUCUGGGGCUGGGGAGACGCAAGAAGUCUGACUGGAAUGGGUUGAGUGUGGUUGGGUUGAUGGGUAUAGACCCGUGGAGUUGCGAUUGAGAGCGGCAAAGGGCUCAAAGGUAACAGCUGUCUCCACAGCAUCUCCAGAAGUUGGGGACCCCGGAAAACUUGGGGUGUCCAGACCGCGAGUCCUUCUGAGAGGUCGAGCGUUGGAGGCGAGCCGGGGAGAAGGGGUCCCGGGCGAGUAGGGGCAGCCGGCCCCGCCCCUCGGCCUGCCCCGCCCCGCCCUCCCCGGGGAAGGGCCACGUUGCCCGCCCGGCGGUCCGGCCCUCGAGCGCCGCAGGAAGAGCCUGCCUGGCGGAAGGUGCCGGCGGCCUCCGUGCUAGCGCCUGGAACGCGCCGGGGCACCGGGCUCGCUCCCCAAGCCCCGGGGCGGGCCAAGUUCAGGGCCGGGAAGUUGGGAGGACCUGGUGCAUGGCUGCUUCCUAAUCCUGGAGCCCAGAGGAAACAUCCCUAGAACUGUGCGCGUGUGAGCCAGGCAAGCCAAGGGCAGCCUUGAGCCCCACCCUUGCCCGCCUCCCCCGCGGGGGCCAGGAUGCUGAAGAAGCAGUCUGCAGGGCUCGUGCUGUGGGGCGCCAUCCUCUUUGUGGCCUGGAACGCCCUGUUGCUCCUCUUCUUUUGGACGCGCCCGGCGCCUGGCAGGCUGCCCUCAGACAGUGCUCUCGAUGACGACCCCGCCAGCCUCACCCGGGAGGUGAUCCGCCUGGCCCAGGAUGCUGAGGUCGAGUUGGAGCGGCAGCGGGGGCUGUUGCAGCAGAUCAGGGAGCAUCAUGCUAGGUGGAGCCAGCGGUGGAGGGUGCCCACCGUGGCCCCGCCUGUCUUGCCGCGCGUGCCUGUGACCUCUCCGCCAGCUGUGAUCCCCAUCCUGGUCAUCGCCUGUGACCGCAGCACCGUCCGGCGCUGCCUGGACAAGCUGCUGCAUUAUCGGCCUUCGGCCGAGCACUUCCCCGUCAUCGUCAGCCAGGACUGCGGGCACGAGGAGACAGCCCAGGUCAUCGCCUCCUACGGCAGCGCCAUCACGCACAUCCGGCAGCCCGACCUGAGCAACAUCGCAGUGCCGCCCGACCACCGAAAGUUCCAGGGCUACUACAAGAUUGCCCGGCACUACCGCUGGGCGCUGGGCCAGGUCUUUCACACGUUCAAGUUCCCAGCAGCCGUGGUGGUGGAGGAUGACCUGGAGGUGGCUCCAGACUUCUUCGAGUACUUCCAGGCCACGUACCCGCUGCUGAGGGCCGACCCCUCCCUCUGGUGUGUGUCCGCCUGGAAUGACAACGGCAAGGAACAGAUGGUGGACUCAAGCAAGCCUGACCUGCUCUACCGCACAGACUUCUUCCCUGGCCUGGGCUGGCUGCUGUUGGCCGAGCUCUGGGCUGAGCUAGAGCCCAAGUGGCCCAAGGCCUUCUGGGACGACUGGAUGCGCCGGCCAGAGCAGCGGCAGGGCCGGGCCUGUGUGCGGCCUGAAAUCUCCAGGACGAUGACCUUUGGCCGCAAAGGUGUGAGCCAUGGGCAGUUCUUUGACCAGCACCUCAAGUUUAUCAAGCUGAACCAGCACUUCGUGCCCUUCACCCAGCUGGACCUGUCCUACCUGCGACAGGAGGCCUAUGACAGGGAUUUCCUUGCACGUGUCUACGGUGCUCCCCUGCUGCAGGUGGAGAAAGUGAGGACCAGUGAGCGGAGUGAGCUGGGGGAGGUGCGAGUGCAGUACACGAGCAGGGACAGCUUCAAGGCCUUCGCCAAGGCCCUGGGAGUCAUGGAUGACCUCAAGUCUGGUGUCCCCAGGGCCGGCUACCAGGGCAUCGUCAGCUUCCUGUUCCGGGGCCGCCGUGUCCACCUGGCCCCACCCCAGACCUGGGACGGCUAUGAUCCUAGCUGGAAUUAGCAGCACCUGCCUGUCCCUCCUGGGGCCCCGCCUGGCCUAUCAUGGCCUAAGAUGGGACCGUAGUCCCUGGGCUGCAUCAUCCUCUCUGUGUUUCUCUCUUGGGUCCAUUUAUCUUGUUUUUUUUUUUCUUUCUUUUUUUGAGUGGCAUUCAAGUGCACAGAUGAUAAGGUGAGGGUUAUUCUCCUGUUCUCAAGGGGGUCAAAUCAGGGGAAUCUUUCUGGGGUAUGUUGGGGGAGUUAUUAAGCAGGAAACCACUGUGUGGUAGGGAGAGACUUGGGCUCAUUGGGGCCACAAAAUCCACGUUCCAGGUUUUCUCCCAGGACAUCUGUGGAGAGGUUGGCAACUUUAGUUCUCUUGAUCAGGCCUCUUUUCCCUGUCCUGGCUAUUCUAGCCAGAGUAUGAGCCCUCCUCCUGUACCUGUCCCCCACCUUCUCCACCUUCCCCCAACUGGAGCAAGGUGGGAGGCUGGAUUAUGUGAGAAGGAGAUGUAUUUGUGGCCAAAAUGAGACUAACCAAAGGGGUUUCAUCAUCAUCAGGGUCUGGGCAGAGCUGUUAGGUUGUCAGGGUUCACUCCCUCCUGCCUGUAUUUCUCUUCUUCCCCCUCUCGUUUAUCCCUGACCACCUCUCAGCUCUUCUUUCCCUGCAGCCUAGCAGUUCGUGAUCCUAAGAUGAAACGGUGAAGGGGAAAAGCAGAACCUCUCCUCAGCUCACCCGCUGGGGUGGGGGGAAAAGCCUCGGGUGCUGGGGCGCCCCUCCCUCAUCCUUCCUCCAAGAAACAGACUGCCCCCUAUCCGGUCCUUUCUGAAAACCAAUCCUUUCCCUGUCACUCUGGGACGGUUCAUGCUAGCCCGGCCCGUGGCUUCUGGAGGCCCUCUCAGUGUGAGGUAGGGCAGCCAAGACCGUUCAGCCCAGCCUCCUUCCCUUCUCCCCCAAGCAUUCCCUUCCCGUGUGCACAGAUUAGGACGCAGAUGGAGGGUUGGAGAGCAACAUGUGUGUUUUUCUUUCUUGCCUGACCUCAGUUCACGGAAGAAAGUUGAAGCUACAGAAUUAUUUUCAAAAAUAAAGCCUGAAUU